GGCUGCCGCUGCUCCGCCCCGCCGAGGGGCACUGGGGGGGCGGCGGCCGCGCCUCGAACUUGGUGGGGGCGAGCGGGGAGAGGCUGCGGCCAUGGCGCCGUGAAGCGGUGGCGGCGCCGCGCCGGGGAGCGGGGCACGGCGCGGCGGUGGUGGUCGGCACGGUGCUGCCCUACGGUGCCUGCAGGAGCCUACAAGGUAGACCCAGGACCCCUCUCUGCUAGGCUCUUAAACACAGGACAGAGCUGGUGGAUGAUUACAGAGGGAUGGUGACUAAAAGGUGCUUUUCCCACAUGAGUGCAAGGAGAGUGGCUGGUUGAAAGAACUGACUGCUGUGGAGGACAGCAUGACCACCAUGAAAGGAAGCUGCCUCCUUACAGUGCUGUUGGCAGGAUUUGGUGUAUUAGGAAUAUUGGAGCCAGCAGCAGAAGAUAUCCACUGCCACAGAGCUGAACACCCAGUGAUUGCAUACAAAGAAAUUGCCCCUUGGUUACAUGUGUUCAGAGCAGAAGAUGCUGUAGACUUCUCACAGUUAACAUUUGACCCGGGACAAAAAGAGCUUAUUGCUGGAGCAAGAAACUACCUCUUCAGGUUGCGGCUUGAGGAUCUCUCUCUAAUACAGGCAGUGGAAUGGCAAUGUGAUGAAGCUACUAAAAGAGCCUGUUACAGUAAAGGCAAAUCAAAGGAGGAGUGCCAGAACUAUAUUCGAGUGCUUCUUGUUGGAGGCAACCAUCUCUUUACCUGUGGAACCAAUGCAUUCACUCCUAUUUGCACCAAUCGGACGUUAAGUAAUUUGACAGAGAUACAUGAUCAAAUCAGUGGCAUGGCUCGUUGUCCUUAUAGUCCCCAGCACAACUCUACAGCUCUUCUCACUUCCAGUGGGGAAUUAUAUGCUGCUACGGCCAUGGAUUUUCCAGGAAGGGAUCCUGCCAUUUAUCGCAGUCUGGGGGCCCUUCCUCCUCUCCGCACUGCCCAGUACAACUCCAAGUGGCUGAAUGAACCAAAUUUUGUGUCAUCUUAUGACAUUGGGAACUUCACCUACUUCUUCUUCCGAGAGAAUGCAGUGGAACAUGACUGUGGGAAAACAGUCUUCUCUCGGGCUGCUAGGGUGUGCAAAAAUGACAUUGGUGGCAAGUUUGUGCUGGAGGAUACCUGGACUACCUUCAUGAAAGCUCGGCUGAACUGCUCUCGUCCUGGAGAAAUUCCAUUUUACUAUAAUGAACUACAGAGCACUUUCUUCCUGCCAGAAUUGGACUUGAUCUAUGGGAUUUUUACCACUAAUGUGAACAGCAUAGCAGCCUCGGCAGUUUGUGUUUUCAACCUGAGUGCCAUAACUCAGGCUUUUAAUGGACCUUUCAAAUACCAGGAAAACUCUCGCUCUGCUUGGCUUCCGUAUCCCAAUCCUAACCCUAAUUUUCAGUGCGGCACCAUGGACCAGGGUUUGUAUGUGAAUCUGACUGAGAGGAAUCUUCAGGAUGCUCAAAAAUUCUUCUUAAUGCAUGAAGUCGUUCAACCAGUUAUUCCAAUUCCUUACUUCAUGGAAGACAACAGCCGAUUUUCUCAUGUGGUUGUGGAUGUUGUGCAGGGCAAGGACAUGCUCUUCCAUAUCAUCUAUCUUGCCACAGACUAUGGCACUAUUAAGAAAGUACUUGCCCCAGUGAACCAGUCUUCGAGCAGCUGCCUGCUUGAGGAAAUUGAACUCCUACCGAAGAGUCAGCGAGAGCCCAUCAGGAGUCUUCAGAUCCUGCAUAGCCAAAGUGUCCUGUUCGUUGGUCUUCAGGAGCAUGUGAUUAAAGUCCCCCUGAAGAGAUGUCUGUUUUACAAAACAUUCAGUGCAUGCAUUGGAUCCCAGGAUCCUUACUGUGGCUGGGACAUGGUGAUGAAGAAAUGCACAACACUGGAAGAAAGUCUGAGCAUGAGUCAGUGGGAGCAAAGCAUUACUGUGUGCCCAACAAGGAAUCUGACAGUGGAUGGACAUUUUGGAACAUGGUCGCAGUGGAAGCCUUGCAGCCACACAGAUGGUGCCAGUGUUGGAUCCUGCCUCUGCAGGACACGUGUGUGUGACAGUCCAGCUCCUCAGUGUGGAGGGUGGCUGUGUGAAGGACCAACCAUGGAAAUUGCCAACUGUUCCAGAAAUGGAGGCUGGACACCAUGGACUUCUUGGUCACCUUGUAGUACCACUUGUGGAAUAGGCUUUCAAGUACGUCAGCGUUCCUGCAGCAAUCCAACCCCUCGACAUGGAGGACGCGUCUGUGUGGGACAGAAUCGUGAGGAGAGGUACUGCAAUGAACAUCUGUUGUGCCCCCCUCAUGUGUUUUGGACAGGCUGGGGUCCAUGGGAACGCUGCACAGCUCAGUGUGGAGGAGGGAUUCAGGCUCGGCGUAGGAUAUGUGAAAAUGGUCCUGAUUGUCCUGGCUGCAGCGUGGAAUAUCAACCUUGUAACACCAAUGCCUGUCCAGAGUUAAAAAAGACAACUCCUUGGACGCCUUGGACUCCAGUCAAUAUUUCAGACAAUGGUGGCCACUACGAACAACGAUUCCGAUAUACCUGCAAAGCACGCUUGCCUGACCCAAAUUUGCUAGAGGUGGGAAGGCAAAGGAUUGAAAUGCGUUAUUGUUCCAGCGAUGGCACCAGUGGGUGCUCGACAGAUGGAUUAUCAGGGGAUUUCUUGCGUGCCGGACGGUACUCUGCUCACACCAUCAAUGGUGCCUGGUCACCAUGGUCUCCAUGGUCUCAGUGCAGUCGUGAUUGCAGUAGAGGUAUACGGAAUCGCAAACGAGUCUGCAGCAACCCUGAGCCCAAGUAUGGCGGUCUUCCUUGCCUUGGUCCAUCUCUAGAGUACCAGGAAUGCAACAUUUUGCCUUGUCCAGUGGAUGGAGGCUGGUCUUGUUGGUCGUCUUGGUCAAAGUGCUCAGCAACUUGUGGUGGAGGGCAUUACAUGAGAACCCGCUCCUGCACAAAUCCAGCGCCGGCAUACGGAGGAGAUAUCUGCCUUGGACUGCACACUGAAGAAGCCCUCUGCAACACACAGCAGUGUCCAGACAGCUGGUCGGAGUGGUCUGAGUGGUCCGAGUGUGACUCAUCUGGUGUCCAGCUCCGCGUUCGUCAGUGCAUUAUUUUGUUUCCUGUGGGCAGCCAGUGCACGGGUAACACCACGGAGAGCCGAGCCUGUACUUUUGACUCCAACUUCAUACCAGAAAUAUCGGUGGCACGAUCCAGCAGCAUAGAAGAAAAACGAUGUGGCGAGUUCAACAUGUUUCACAUGAUCGCGGUGGGAUUGAGUAGCUCAAUUCUUGGUUGCCUUCUUACCCUGCUUGUUUACACUUACUGCCAACGAUAUCAACAACAGUCCCAUGAUGCUACUGUCAUCCAUCCGGUGUCACCAGCUCCUCUAAAUACCAGCAUAACAAACCAUAUCAACAAACUGGACAAAUAUGAUUCUGUAGAAGCCAUCAAGGCAUUUAACAAAAACAACCUGAUUCUGGAGGAGAGAAACAAAUACUUCAAUCCACAUCUUACUGCAAAGACUUACUCUAAUACCUAUUUUACAGAUUUCAAUAAUUAUGAUGAGUACUAACGGGCUUGUGUAUUUUCUGGCCUCCUGUAACUUCCCAGUCCCCAAGGCCUGUGCUACAUGACUGCUCAUGUGAUUGAGGCUUCAGAGAUGAAGUUCAGAGACAUUUCAAGCACGAUCCAAGCCGUCAAUGUCCCAUUGCUGCCAAAUGCCCAAAACACCUGUUUGUGACAUGAUGUUUUCUUUGCGGAGUGAAAGGUUGGCCUUUGGUGUCGGGUGCAGCUGAAGCCCCUCGGUGUCACUGAACUGCUCAUGAGGAACACAUCGCUUCGCUGUUUCAUAAGCAUUCAGUCAGAUUUCUCUGAUAAGGAACUAAGCAAUCCCUGAGCUUUAAAAAAAAAAAAAGAAAAAAAAGAAAAAAAAAGGAAAAAAAAAUCUGUUACCCCUUAAAACUGCUGCAGGAGUACAAAUGCAAUUUUAUUUUUACUCAUUGUCUUUUAUUUCCAUGAGGUUUGAAAAGGGAGCUGUGCUGUUAGCCACAGAGCCCGCUGUGCAGCCUCCUGAAACUUGCACCACCAAAAAGAGCUGGGAGGGUGUUGAGAAGAAUGGCAAGAAGAAAUACGGUGGUUUAGCGAUGCUCUGCAGCAGCUCCGGGCUCUGCAGGGCUGAUCUCACUGGCCUACAAAACACGCAGGCUGCAGUUCAGCUGUUCAGAGUGCAGAGGCUAAGGCCGCACCCAAGGAUAUGACCUUGUACCAAAACUGGAAAGCUGCAGGGUAGGUGAUUUCCAUGUGCGAGCCGAGCCCAGUCACAGAAAGUCUUGACCUUGUUUGCUUUAAUUUUGGAGGAGGGAGGGUGAAAGGGCACAUGCUGCAGGGAGGCUGAGGCAGGAGGGCAGGUCGAAAAGGCGCUCUGGAAGGCCACCCCGUGCAUCAUUAGCAGGCCAGCCUUACUGCGACCUGCACGGCUGCACGGGUGGUGGCAUCCUGCAAGCUUCCUCACCCUGGUGCAUGGCUGUGGGAUCCCCCUGGUCUGACCACUGCAGCACUUGUGGUCAGGACAGGUACGGGAUGAUGCAACAGCACCGCGAUGUAUGUGCUGUCUCAGGCUCUUGGGCCACGUAGGCAUAAUCUGUAGAGCUGCUUUUCCCUUUCUGGCUUUUACUUUAUAGGCACGUGUUUAACAAAACAAAGCAUCAUCAGAAAAUGCAGAUGUAUUUACAAAACAUUGUCUCAUCAUACUGUCGUGUCCAACCAGCCCCUAAAGAAAACUUAUUAUGGUGUUUUAAGUGAAUAUCUUGUUGGACUUCAUUGAUGUAAAUAUUUAAAAUCCUGUUUGAGUUUUAAAUUAUCAGUUUUAGUUCCUUUUGUAGUGGCAGGUGAGGAAACACAAAGGAUUUUUAUACCAUUUUUCUUUGUUCUGUCUGUCUUCACCCAUGUUUAUGAUGAUGUUAUUUUUUGAGCUGGAAUUCCAGAAGUACAACUAAAAAGGAAAGGGCAGGGUUUUGGGCCAGAUUUUCCAGAGCACAUAGUAGCAAGGAAACAUUUCAUAUUUUCAGAAGCUUGUGAAAAGAAAUUGAAAAUGAAUAAUAACAACUAAGGAGUGAAACUUUUUUUUUUUUUUUUUUUUUUUUUAGCAUACUAGAUGCAAAGAUCAUCACAGCAGAAUACCAGGAAGAUAUGCAAGGAAAGGCAGAGUGGAAAUAUUUCCAAUCCAUGUUCAGAGCCCUUGAUCAUUAGGUUAUGCUAUGACAGGCAAACAGAGGAGAAAAAAAAAAAAGUACAGACAAUGAUAAUUAAAAAUUAUGUCCAAACAAAGCUACACAAAAAUUACUUAGGAACAUUGAUACUGUGAGACCGCAUUUAAGUACCACCUUCCUUGGUGGUCCAGCUACUUACAAGGCAAGUGUAAACAGUAAACAUCAUAUGUAAUGAUGGCAGUGAGCAACAUUCUUGAAUGGAGAUAGAUCCAAAUAUAGCACUAUCCUUCCUAUCUCUGUUCUGUAGUAAAAUGAAAAAAAUGCAAAGUGGUCUUUGAAAAGCUGUACUGUAAAAUGGAACACACAUUUACCAUCUAUGGAAAUAAUCAAGAUCAGCUGCCUAUUUUUUUUCCAUCUGAAUCAUUCUCCCUGUUACUAAAACUCCAUCAGAAGAGAGAUCCUCCACCCUCUCACUAGUUUAUCUUUAGAAGGGUUGAUGACAACAGUUCUCUAUAUUUUGUGAUUGUUUUACUGUACAUUAGAUUUGGUUUGCCAGGAAGCAAUUACCUGAUUGUCCUUGAGUAAAUUUUCUCUGCAAGAAAAUAGUGAAUCGAACAGAGGGGAAAAAACGCUCCAAAUCAUAAGCAUGUCCAGUAUCUGAGUCACUCUGUUCAUGCCAAAAGAUAAAUUUUCGCAUUUAAAUAUUUUUAAAAAAUAAGAUCUAAAUUGCUGCUACCACUAAGAAAAAGCAACACAUGCAUACACACACAUACAUGACAUUGUCCCUCUCUGCCCCUAUACUAAAAGCACAUUAGUCUGGCUUAUGGAUUUUGUAUUUAGACUAUUAGUUAUGAAUCAAAUAUCUUAAGAAUAUGUAAAGUAUGUAUUUUUAUUUUAACCUUUUUAAAUGAAAUUUAUCUGAAAUAAGCUUUUUUUUUUUAAAAAAAAAAACAACUUCAGUAGUUUGAGGCACGCUUAUCUUUACAGUGAUUUAUUUUCCAUUCCUUUCAUGAAUAGAUAUAUAUGUUAGAUGUGUUAUAUAUGCGGUGAUAAUACUCUAGGUUAAGUCUGCAUGAUCAUAGGUAGAAGUGCAUUUAGCAGAUGCUCAGUCUGCUCACACUUCCAUCACCCAACGGAACGUUUCAGAUGUUCAGAUCUCUGAGCAACUCCUAUGUGAUGUCAUUUAAAGACCAUGCCAAAUUGUCAGAAAAGUGUUCCUUUAAAACUUUUUUUUUUUUUUUUUUUUUUUUUUUUUUUUUGUCAUUUAGCUUCCUAAAUUACAUUAUUCUAAAUCUCAGGCAGAGGUGUAUUCAAAAUUCUACCUUAAGCAGUUUUACGCUAUUUUUCGAUAUUCCUUCGGGGUAAACAUGGAAAUUUUAGAUCACUUCUAUGAAAAAAAAAAAAUGAUGGCAAGAUCUCCUUGUCAAUCUAGACUCUGAGACAACACAUUUCAAAGCCAUUAUAUUUUUGUGUCUUAGGUAGUUUUAGAAGACCCCAGGUGCACUGACAAUAUCAGUAUUUUCACUUUCUGAGUUCUGCAUAGCUGUCCAGGUAGUUUAAUACAGCCUCUCCUAAUUUGUGGAGCAAAGCAAAGUGAGGUUUCUAUUAAGUUUCAAUUUAUUUAUUUAUUUAUUUUCUAAAAUUGGCCACACACAUUCUGGUAAAGAACAGAUUUCUACAUACAAGCACUUACACUGUUUUGCCAAAAAUGUAACAAAAUCCUUUUGCAUGGAUAAAGUGAUUUUUUCUGGAUAAAUAAAUAUUACCUCUGAUGUCAGUAAUUGAUAUUACUAAGCCAGUUUUACACCAAUUGCAUAACUUUGAAAAAAAUGUUCCAUUUCAAACAGAAACAUUUGAGCAGAUAGAUUACAAUCCUCUGAGUUUCCUUCCUGUAGAGCAUUGCUACAUAAAGUGAAGAGGAAGUAGGAUUGCCAGUCUGAUUCUGAACAGUAUACACUGUCAUUGGGUAAUCCAAAUUAAAACUUUGCUGGAGUACACAUUUUAGGCUUAUAUUAGUGUCUGAUGCAGAGAGCGCGUUCCUCAGUUGCUUAGAAAAUGGAUUCCUGUGCUUGCAGAUUUAUCCUGUACCUUGAUUUGAGUCUGAUGACCUUUAUGGUCACUUAAAUUGACUUCAGGUCGAAGCUUUUUCAGCCAACAUCAGUUACCUGCUGUUGGAGCAGUGUGGUUUGGCUAAAACUAAUCAAGAGAUUUCUGACUAGGAUUAGGGUUUUCUUAAGAGAGUGGGAGAGAGUUUAAAUGGCUUUGAUUUCCAGGCUAUUAAGCAGUACUGAUUAAAGUCUCAGAUUGGUGUAGGACACUGUGCAUUCAGUUAGCUCUAUCAGAAUCCCACAGUAACCUCUGGGAAAAUACCAUGUCAAUAUUCAAAUCAAGAGCUACCAAAGCACUUACGUUAAAUAAAGAAAGUUCUCGGAGCAUCAGAACAUAUGGCUGUUCAAACCAGAAAACAAAGUAAGAGGUCCCAGAUGCAACAAAAAGCGGUAACAAGAAUAAAUGCUUCAAGAUUUUUUCCUCAUAAUUAUUGAAUAAAUAUAUUCAUUUCUUUAAAUGUGGGACCAGUUUUAUUGAAAUCAGCAUGACAUAUGCGUAUUCCUAAAGUUAAUCGCGUGCAUAAUAGCUUUGCUGUAUGAGAUCAAUUCUGUAAACAGUUUGGUCCAAGUUUAUCCUGCUUUGCUUGAGGCAUCUGACCAAGUUUUGGUUGUAGCUGCCACCAGCAUCCUCUGUGUCAUGUCAGGGAGACCAUCCUUAGACGUGCAGUGUGACAACCCAGAGUGGUCUUGUGUCUCCCCACCAACAAAGUGGUGAGACUAGAGAGAUACACUUCUAAUUUUCUCUGUCAUUUAGAUGCCUAAAUUUAGAUGGGCAAAAGCUAAGCUCUCAAGCACAAGUAUGAUUUUACUCAUCACAUAAGUGACCACAUUGAGUUCAGUGGUAUGGAUGUAACAAGUUGCUUAUUUUAAUAUGUUUACAGGAUUGAGCCCAAAAUAUAUUGCUUCUGCACAAAUCCAUGCACAGUACAAGGUGAACGGAGUAGUAAUGAAACAGAUUCAUUUAAAAUUGUUCACAAGCAAAUCUGCAUCUUGAUAUCAGGGAAUAAAUGUGUUCAUUGUGUGGGGUAUUUGAAUUCAUUCCUUUCUUUGCUAAAUAAAUGAAUGAUAAAACAAGAUAUUGCUUGAUUUCAUUUAAAAGCCAUUCUUCCAAAUAAAGAAGGGUUCUGGGA